UUAUUAAAAUUUUAUUAUUUUUAUUGUUAAAAUUUUAUUUUAUAUUAUUUUGGAUUAUUGUAAAAAUUCUAUUAUUUACUAUGAUGGCGCACUAAACAGUUAUUUUUUGCAUUGUAAAGUUUAUUAUAUGUUUGUAUUCAACAUUAUGGACAUUCAAAUAACAAAUACACGAAGAAAGAUAUUAAAUCAUGUAGUUUGUAGUAUUUUAGUAGAAUGUGGUUAUGAUACUUGUGAAAAACAGGCAUUAGAAGUUCUCACAGAAAUGUUACAAUCUUUUAUCGUUGAAGUUGGAGAAUCAGCAAGAAAUUAUUGUGAACUUUCUGGUAGAACAGAACCACUUAUUGCAGACGUUAUAGUAGCAUUAAUAAAUAUGGGUAUAAAAUUAGAUAAUUUGGAAAGUUAUGGAAAGAGAGCUAAUAGAACAGUUUUACCACCACUUCAACAACAAACUCAAUCAAAGCAAUUAAAUAUUUUGCAAGCUGGAGUGAAACAAAGCCAUCCAUCUCAUAUACCAAGUUAUUUACCACCUUUUCCUGAUCCACAUGCAUAUAUUAGAACUCCGACACAUAAGCAACCAGUAACGGAAUAUGAAGCAAUAAGAGAAAAAGCAGCAACGCAAAAACGUGAUAUUGAAAGAGCUUUAACUAGAUUUAUCGCAAAAACUGGAGAAACACAUAGUCUGUUUUUAACAGAAGAUAAUAGUAUGUUUCCAUUAAUAUCAUGUAAACCACAAUUUCCUAGUUAUCUUUCUGCAUUGCUUCCACAAGAUCAAAUAUUUGAGAUUGAUCAAGAUUUUCAAUUUGAACCAAGUCCAAUUAAAAAGAAAAAAGAACAAGAAACAGAAGAAUCGGAAGAAGGUAUAAAAGGACAAAAUGAAGAUAUUGAACAAAAUGGAGAAAUUACAACGCAACAAGAUGUUAUAGAUAAUCCUUAUUUAAGACCAGGAAAAAUACCAAAGAAUAAAAUACCAGGAGUUACAGCUCCUGGAUUACAUUUAAUGAAAAGGGAUUCUCUUGAAUGAUUAUAACAAUUGUAUUUUUUUGUUAAUUUUAUUAUUUUUUUAGAUUAAUAUUGUGUAUAUAAUGCUUUUAUGAUACAAAAUGUAUUACACUAAUUUUUGUAUUCAUACUAUAUAAUAAAAAUUAAUCUUUAUUAUAAAUAAUUUCAUAUAAAAUUAUUUUAUAUUACCAAAAUUAAUGUUACAUAUUAUAAAUAUUCAAUAUAAAUUAGAUAAUAUUAAUUAUAUAAAUAUUUACUGUAUCUAAUAUCUAAUCUAAAAUUUUGUUUAGAUAUAUAUUAAAUUGAUUUCAUAUGUAAAUAUGUUUGGUUUUAUUUGAUCUAGUUUUUAAAUUGAUUGCUUACUUUGUAUUAUGUUUUAAUAUAUCAUUUAUAUAUCAUUCAUAUAUAUUGCACAUAUAUAGCACCAGUUUAAAAAAAAAAUAAAAAUAUGGAAAUAAUUAGAUAAGAUUAGAUUUUCUAAAAAGAAUGAGUAGAUAAUUUACAAAAAUAGUCUUCCUCGUUAUAAUAUUGUAUGUAAGAUUUUUUACAUAUAGAGUAAUGCAUGCUUAAGUAACAUAGUUUUAGCAUGCUUAGCUAAUACCGAAUUAUUCCCAUUUCUGAAAUUACUUUCAAGAAUCCUCUAAGUAACAAGAAUCUAUCAUAUUUUGUUCUUCUAUUUUAUUCUUACUCAUUCUUGAUUUAAGUAAUGAAUUCGGAUUUCCAUAUAUAACUAACGCAUUAUAAAUUCGAUACAGCGUCAGUUAAGUGUGUAGUAGUUUAACGUAAUAAUAUGUAUUAAAAUUAUAUUCGUUUCAUUUGCAAAAAUACAUUAUCCUAUCUUAGUGAAUAAUUUUAAUAUCUAUAGAUAAAAAUUUUAUUCUUAUUAAUUGUGCUGAUUUUAGAUUGAUAUUGUGUAUGCGCGCGCGCACGCGCGCGCGUGUGUGUGCACAUACAUGCACAUACAAAAUAUACUUACUACUAAAUACAUAAAAAUAUAUAGCACAUAAUUUAUAUAAGGCAUAAGCUCUA